AUGGCGACGGAGACGUAUAACUGGUUUUUGAUCAUCGUCGCCGUCGUGGUGUCGGCGCUCGCGUUGCUGUGCAACGUGUACGUCUUGGUGCACUUCCAGCACCCGGAUGACCGUAAUCAGGCGUGGUUUCCGAAGGUUGUGGUGAUCACCGGUUUGACGAUUGCGGUUUUGUCGAUUUUGUUGCUGCCGCUGGACGUGGCGAACCGAGCGGCGUGCGAUGGGUCCAUCAUAGAGAGCGCGUGUCGGUACACGCUGCCGAUGGAGGCGCUGUGGUACGCGACGUUCACGACGAUGAUAAUAUACAUCUUCGCCGUGAUCCCGUGGGCGCUGUUUUAUUACGAGCAGGAUUCGGACGCGCCGCAGUUGAAGAAGGUGGUGAGCGCGACGAUGUGGACGAUUUCGAUGGGGUUGGUGUUGAUCAUGGCGAUGCUCAUCGCGUACUACUUUGGCGGCGAAGCCGAGUUUCAGUUGAAGAGCGUGGUGUCGGGGAUGGGUUUGCUGUCGAACUCCGCGCUCUCGAGUGCCACGGCAUGCAUCGCGCUUCCGGCGUUGAUCACAUCGGCCACGGACUUCUCCACGUCGUCAGGGAGCUUGGGUGGAACCGCGUGCAGCGCAUACGGCGCCGAGGUCGGGACAGAGACGUUUGCCGUGCGACCGACGUUCAUAGUCUACGUCAUCGCCGUCGCCUCCAUAGUGUCCUGGGUGAUUUUCAUGAUUUACGCUGGCGUCGGUGUGGUCGCUCUUCCGAUGGAUCUCAUUAAGGGCUUCAUUUACCGUCCGAUGAAGGUUAUCACAAAGAGCGAGUACAUUCGCUGCGCGACAAUCAUAGCACGCGACGCGCAGAGCAUACACGCUCAGAUCAAAGCCGUGCAAAAAGAACAACGCGAGAGCGGAAGAACGAGAAAGACUAAAACAGAGCUUCACUGCUUGCAAGUCAAACUGAACGACUUAGAGGACGACGAAGUUGAAUUGAGAAGAGUGUUCCCGCAAGGCGAGCAGCGGGAAGCGACGUGGUUAAUGAUGGUGCUCGGGUUUUACCUCCGUUUAUUCCUCGGAUGUUUGAGCGUCUUGCUAAGCGUGUUUUGGACGACCCACAUCGUACUCACCGUGCUCAUUCAACCCGCGGCGCACCCAUUCUUGAACUCGUUCUUCAUCUGGAUGGACGGCGUAUGGUCGCUCUUCGGCACGUUAUCGUUUGCGAUAUUUUGUUUUUACUUGGUUGCCUGCCUGAUCAAGGGUAACACACGAUUGGGAGUGCGCUUCAUCUUCUUGAGUUUAUAUCCCAUGAAGAUCGGGCGCACUAGCAUGAGCUCUCUGCUGUUCAACACUGGCCUGAUUAUGCUCGGAUGUUUGUCGGUCGUGCAAUUCUGCGCGCAAGUGUUCAGCGUGUACACAGCGGAGACGGCGGUGGAAGGCAUCUUUGGUGGGAAUAUUGAAAAUUUCAAGGGUCUGGGUUGGAUUUUCAAGUACAACAUCUUCAUAUACUCCUUCUUCGCGAUGAUUUGCCUCAGCUGCCUAUGGAUCCCGUUCGAGAGUUGGAAGAAUGAAACUCCGAAGAAAUCGUGGGAAACUGGGCGCGCGUGA